AUGUCGGAUGACUACAAGAAGAACAUUGGUAUAACUGGAAGCAUCAGUUUGCUGGUUUCCAGUAUGACUGGGCCAGGCAUUGUGACUAUACCGCUGAUCUUCCAGACAGGUGGAUGGGUAGUACCACUCCUGACGUUUCUGGUCAUGAUGGUAUUGACCGGUAUGGGCUCACUAUGUCUCGUCGAAGCCAUGUCCAAGUUUCCUGGGAAUCGAAACUUUGAGCAAAACGUGGAAUACACAGUGCUAGUGCAUCAAUUUUAUGGUCGAAACUGGUACUAUUUGACACAUCUUGUCAUUUAUGGAUCCAUGCAGUCAAUCAACAUCGCUUCUAUUAUUGUCUCUAUACAGACGUUGGAUUCAUUCUUAAUAACAGUGUUUGGUGCAACUUGUGGAUUUCAGAUUGCUCCUCAGCAAGGGAUUCUGUGUGUAUCGACGCAAAGUGGCUCCAAUUCUCCGUUUGAUGGGAAUACGAUGUUGAUGACUGCUGGAUUUUUGCUUUUGAUUGCUCUCGUCGCACCUAUGGCAGCAAUGAAACUCAGUGAUAAUAUGAUUAUUCAAUUUGUCUCAUUCUGUUUCCUGGUAUUCUGCCUCACCGAAUGGACAAUCCUCUCAUGGAGUAUCGGCGCCAACCCUUCAUACCUUCCCGCAUUCGGCGCUUCCCCAGCAUCAGUUAUAGGAACAGUGGUGUUCAACUACGCAUUCGUGACAACAGUGCCCAGUUGGAUCAACUCAAAACACCCGAAUGUCAGCAUCACGAAGUGUAUAUGGAUUUCAUUGGCAUGUGCCACUUUUGGAUAUAUUGUGUUUGGUGUGUUUGGAGCGUUGGCGCUUAUAGUGCCUCAGGGGUCGAAUUUUAUGGUCACGAUCCAGACUAGUGCUUAUGCUAGUCCGUUGCAGUCUAUUAUCUUUGUUGCAUUCCCAAUUUUGGCAUUGCUCACCUCCAUUCCUGUGUACAUUAUCAUUUCAAGAAUGAAUUUGAUUCAGUCCAAGCUGUGUACUCCAGGUCUCGCAACAUUCUGGGCUGCCAUCUUCCCCUUCUUGGUCGUAAUCCCCUUCCAAACCGGCACCCUAAUCAACACCUUCAUAAACUGGACUGCCCUUAUCUUCCAAUCCGUAACAAACUUUAUCGCCCCCUUCCUCAUCUACCUCUUUCUCGAAAAGCGAAACAUGGUCCUCGCACAAUCCGUCAUUGACGAACUAGAUGCCAUGGAUUUCAUGGGUGGAGAAAAACGUAAAAGAGGUGGUGACGAUGAUGAUUUCGACUAUGUGUACCAUCUCCCACAUGCAAAUCCAGACAUUAUUGUGAGACGAGACCCAUUCUCGUAUUACCUCAAACAAAACCAGAACGAUGGCAUGUUUGUAGAUAUCGACUCGCCAUUUGGUGGAAAUGGAACCACAUCAGCCCCAAAUAUAUCUGCAUCAGCAAACGCUAUCGUACCCGGAUUCAAUCUCCCGAUGGUGACAGCCCCAGCAAUGACACUUACUCCCGGUGCAGGAACAGGACUAAUGGCAACCAUGCUCUCGUCACUUGCAGCCUCAAACUCACCCAUGCUAGGCGGAUCCAUGAUGAGACUCGACGCCAGCAACAAAUCAUCAACAAACCUGAGACAACCAUCUGCACUACGACUCGACAACCUAGGUCCCAAACACUCUGUCCAGAACAUGCACAGACACAAUACCGGAGAUCUGGACUCGACUGCCUCACGCAACAGUUUCGCACCUGAAGGAUCCCAGCUGUCUCUCACAAGAUCGCGACCACGAGGUCUCGACGCACUCACCAACGGCGACCAACCCACACUACGCCAACGACUCGCUAACGCCAGCAGUAUGCUGGGCGACAACAAAUCCCGUGCUGGAUCACUUGCAGGCUCACGACUCGGAUCAAGAGCAACAGGACUCGACCAUAAUCGGGGCAAGACUGCACUGGCUGGUGCCGAGGCUGCAUUGUUUGGAUCCAUUCCUGACGCAAAUGCUGCGUAUCUGGAGGAAAAAGUCACGGAGGGAUUGGCUGCUCAGGAUUUGAUUAAUAAUGAUUUGAAUGCUUUUAGAGCAUAUCCGCAGUGGAUUACGGAUGUGGUGCCUGCUAAGGUGCUGGUUGCGUUUGCGUUCUGUUUGACUGUUUGUAUUGUUGUUGGGGUUAUUAUUUAUGAUUUCGAGCAGUUGGCUGUUGGCAAGUCGCCAUUCUAA